CACUUUUUGCGUCCCCUCAGCGGCGGCGGCGGCGGCGGUUUCGGGCGAGAAGAGCGGCGGGAAAAUGCGGUGGCUCCCCGGGCCGAGCUCGGGCUGGGCCGGUCGGGGCCUGCGGGUGGCGGCGGCGGUGGUGGCGGCGGCGCUGCUGUUCCAGGCGCUGCGCGGAUGGGUCUCCUCGCGGCGCUACGAGUUCGAGCCUGAGGAGAUCGCGCUCCUGGCCAAGCACCACGCCGGCCUGGACCACGAGCUGGCCUUCGCCAGGAUCAUCGUGGAGCUGCGGCGGAGGCAUCCGGGCCACAUUCUGCCCGACGAGGACCUGCGCUGGGUGUUCGUCAACGCCGGCGGCUGGAUGGGCUCCAUGUGCCUCCUGCACGCCUCCCUCUCGGAGUACGUGCUGCUCUUCGGCUCCGCCGUCGACACCAGCGGACACUCCGGUCGCUAUUGGGUGGACAUUUAUGACACCCUCAUCUCAGGCACCUUUUGGAAAUGGAGAGAGGGAACGACUAAACGCGAGAUUUAUUACCCAGGAGACACCACUAUCCACCUUUCCGGAGAGGGCACCUCCGUGCAGUGGAGCGCCGGCACGUGGAUGGUUGAAUAUGGCCGAGGCUUCAUCCCCUCCACCCUGGCCUUCGCCCUGGCUGACACGAUCUUCAGCACUCAGGACUUCCUCACCCUCUUCUACACCCUCCAGGCUUAUGCCAAGGCCCUGCUCUUGGAGGCUAACACAUACUUCAGCAGCACCAGUCAGUGAGUCUCGGCCCCCACCCACUCCCCACUCCCAGCCGAUGAGAAGCUCGCCCCCUUCCCCACCCUCCCAUCUCGUGUGCUGGCGAACCUGGUGCAGCUCCCGGGCCUGCCCUUCUUGGCCACACGCGGUUGGGUGCAUCGCCCGCGUGUCAGGAAGCAGAGGUGGGUCCACGCCCUUCUCAGUUGCCCAUCCACGAACACCUGGAUGUCCUGCUGUAAAGAGGUAUCCAUAACUGCCCCCUGGGUGACAAUUCGGUCUCUCUUGGAGCAUUGUGGAGCCACGCAGGGGAAAAAGUCCCAGGUGUUUUAUGGCAGGAGUGGCGCCCAUGUGCAGCGGCAUCGGUGCACAGUUGACCCAAACAAUGCCAUUUGCAUGAUGGCAUUUGCCAGGCCCCUUUGGAAAGAGACGUUGCAUCCUCUUUGCAUGCUUUGAGUCGAGGUGCCUCCUAUAGUGGCACCAACGCCCCUUGGUCCUUCUCAGCUUGGUUCCAAGUGGCCCUUUUGAUCCCCACAAAUUUUGAUAGGCAGCUGAGAAACAACAGCCGAAUUGUGUGGAUGGAGCCCUUCAGAGUGUACAUUUCCACUGCUGUUUAAGGCAGACCAGCACUUCCUGGCACUUCCUCUUCCUUCCUUCCUUCCUCCCCAUUUCAAUUUCUCAGGUGGAAAACGGGUAAUUUGGCUGAGCAAUAUCUGCCUUCGCUGGUUGGGAAGCACCCCUGCAGACCUUGGGGGGUUUUCUGGCUGGGCUUCUGGAAAGUUCUUUCCGGCAGACUCGCAUUGUUCUCUGCCUGGGAUCUCUGCGGGUGGAUCUUCCACAGCUCUCUAGAAGAUCCACAGUAGUUUGGAAUUCCGGUUGCGUCUUCCUUGGGUCUCUCGUGAUCCUUUUUCUCUCACGACAAAUCAGCCAACUGCAUGGACAGUUGGUUCAUCCUUCCUUCCAUGCUUGCAGCUCCCCUAUUCCAGCUAAUUUCCUCUAAUCCUUUCAAAGGAGACUGGGAGGGGGGAGGUAUUUCCCUGUUCCUGUCCUACUCUCCUACUCCCACCCUAGAGAGAGAACAACUCACUAUGGGUUGGUGACUCUUGUCCACGCGUACCUCAUCCGUUUAAGAGUAGAUCUAUUUGGAGCUAAAUCUAGCCGAGUCAGCUCCCCUUGUGGGAUUUGCACGUUUAUCGUCCCCUUCUCUUCUCCGUCCGUGGCCCAGUGAAGCCCCUCGUUCCCACAGAGCUCGUGGUUUUGAAGAGAUGCUAUUAUAAUUAAGCAGUAGUAGGAAUAUUAGCAUUGUAGCUGCCUUUCGUGGCCGGUUCUUCCUGGAGCGCCAAUAACCAAAAAUGUCUUUUGCAGCCCUCCUUUUCUUCCCCCCCCCCAAAAAAAACCCCUCCAGAUUGUAGACAUUCUCAAGAUCUCAUCCAGUUUGGUCCUGUCAUAAUGCAGAACCGCCAUCCGUCACCCAAACUAUGCGCCUUAUUCUCUUGAGCUAUGCACGUGUGUGUGUGUGUAUGUGUAUACCUCCUGUCGUUGAUGUUAUCUGGCUGAGAACCAGUAGUUGUUCAUGGGAGUUGAAGGGAUCCCUGGGAGAACGGGGAUCCAGUGAGACUGAACCUGCUUGACUCAAAAAGGGAUCUUGUAGAGUUGCAGAAGUGGCCAAACCCUGAAUGUUGAGUUUGGGGCCUUGAAAUUCAAGCAAUGGGACCAAACCCAGGGUGGUUGAUUCUCUAGAACAGGGGUCCCGGUGGACUUCCAACUCUCAUGCUGGCUGGGGAAUCCUGCAGUUGAAGUCCCACCCGUCUUAAAAGUUGCCACGUUUGAAGACCUCUGCUCUAGAACGAAGCGAUGCCCGUCUUCUCCCCUCAGAAUAGCCCGAAAUUGCAACAAUCAAAAAGGGGGUGUCAUUACUCAACAAUGAAGCUCCCCUCCUUCGUACUAACCCGGUAUUAUUAACCGGAAGACCCUGUUUCUGUAGCAUGGGAAUUAGGCUUAGGGUAUUGGGGCCUGUCCUGGGCUUCUGCCUGGUUCCAGAAUUCCCGAGAGAGAGAGAGAGAUUCUCAUCCUGAACGCUUCCGUCUCCUGGAAAAGUCUCCUCCCUCAGAACGGCCUUUGAGGUGGCUGGAUGGUCAAAACCUGGAUCCAUUUUGGCUCCGGUCUGGAUCCUGGGUUCUUCCAGAGUUUCAUUUUGCCUGGGUGAAAGAGCCGGAUGGAAAGGGAGGCUCCUCUCUUCUUGUGUUUCUCCUAUGGAAAUCCUUCCCUCCCCUUUUCAUCCUUUUCCCCUGAAAGGUGAGCGGGGGGUUGUUGGUAGAAAGUGCCAGUAGGUGGCAGUAAUGCCUUGUCCUGGCCAUCCCCAGUGUAGUUGGGGAGAGGGCCUUCGAUGCCCCCCCCUCGCAACGGCCAUGGGGAGCCUGUCGAACUAUUGCUCCACUGACACCCCCCCCCCCAAGGGCUGCUGCAUGCAGGGUUAGGGUUAGGGUUAGGUCCAGUAGCCAGAUUUGGUGGGCUGCAUUGGUUGCCACGUUGCCUCUGCCCAUGAGGGGGCCCCAACCCCUCCCUCCCGUAGGGGCCUCCUUACCAAUUCCCGCUUUUUUAUUUUAUUUUGAUCGGUCUUAAGCGCACAUCCCCCCCCCCUCCCUUUCCUCCCACCCUGAGCCCUCCUCCUUCGUCCAGGUCAGCUCAGAGGCAGUGACGCAUUGCAGAAAGUUUGCCUGGCACCGAGGCCUCCCCCCCCCCCCCCCCCGGUCCGUGCCUCUCCUUCCUCCAGCUGCUCUCUCUGAAGCCGUCCUCCUCCAGGGAGGCUGGCAGCUAGCUGGCCUGGGCAGCCCAGAAUUUGCAGUCCGUGGGAGCCACCAGUCAACUAUAUAAUAAGCAUGUCUCCAGUUUCUGUUUUCUCAGUGACUGCAAGCGUUAUCUUGUCUGGUGUUCACAAACAAGUGUUUGAGAAUCCAUGUGGGUGUGUGAUUGUUAUAUUUUGACUUUAAAAAGAAAAAAAUCCCCAAUACAAUGGACUGUGAUUAAACCUGU